AUGGAUGGAUUUAGGGAGGUGGUCAAUGUUUGUGGUUUUAAAGACUUAGGAUAUAGUGGCUCGGACUUUACGUGGUGCAAUAUGCAGGAAGGGGAAAAUCGUGUAUAUCUGAGACUUGAUAGAGCCUUUGCCACUAAUGACUGGAUCAAUCACUUUAAUGGAACAAGAGUCCUCCAUUUGGUAGACUCAAUUUCUGACCAUUGUGCUCUGUUGAUUGCCAACUCUUUGGUGGUUCAGCCUCCUCAAACGCGUAGGUUCCAUUUUAAGGAAAUGUGGACAAAAAAAGAGGAGUGUAAGGAAAUUAUAAGAAAUGCUUGGGAAGGAGGUUUGCACCAAGGUACACCGGGAAGCAUAGCUACAUGUCUUCAAAACUGUGUAGCAGACUUGGAGAGGUGGAAUAAGUCGAUUUUUAGUUAUGUGCCUAAGCAAAUACGGUGCAAGAGGAAAGCUCUCAACGAUUUGACUCUCCAAGAUAGAAAAGGAGUCAUGGGAAAGGAGGUAAACAGUUUACGAAGGGAGAUUAAUAAUCUGCUUAAUUGUGAGGAGAUUUUAUGGCAUCAGAGGUUAAGAAUUCUCUGGUAUGGUCAAAGGGAUCACAACACAAAAUUUUUUCAUUCAAGGGCUUCGCAGAGGAGGAAGAAAAAUUCUAUUAGCGGCAUUUGGGAUGAGCAUGGGAAUUGGUGCGAUACAAAUGAGAGUAUUGCUACAACGACUAUUUCCUACUUCGAGACAUUGUUUACUACCUCUCACCCUAGCCGAAUUUUGGAAGUCACAGAUAUGAUCCCCACCAGAGUAAUUGAUAAGAUGAACUAG